UGCUCAAUGGCCUCCUCAACCUGCCUGAUACCCUGUAGGAGGACUGACGGACCGAGGGAGGCAGGCAGGCAGGCUGCCAGGGAGGGGUUGCCAGCAACCUCAUCACGAUACAGAGCUGUGAGCCGUCUAUUAGUGAACCAAAGCGCGCGCCCAUCAGCUGCUUCGCCGAGCCCUCACGUCAUUCUGAUCGCAUCCAGUCUAUUCGUUUCCGAGGGGAAAGCGCACUUUUGAUGGCAGUUUGGAAGCCUUCGCUGCGCUUCGUGCAGGCUCGAUCGGGGAGGAGACAGUACAGCGCGAGGUGGCUAACGUUAGCUCGCUAACAAGCUGCCGGGCAUGGCUGUCUAAACAGCUGCCAAAGACCCCUCUUGAUGGAUCCCAGAGGACAACGAAAGGAAAAACACAAUCAGUGAGCACAGCCCAUAACAAGGGAAUCUGACCCCAAGUGUAUCAUCUGACUGACUUCAGUGCAUGUGGCCUCCUAAGUCGUUCUUCAACAUCUGCUAGGCAGCACAAGGGCCUGCUGCUACGCAACAUAAAAUGGGUGACAUGGGCGGCGGGGAAGCCGGGAUGUGUUGGACUUUCUCCCUGGUAAUUGGACUUCUGAUAGCCACGGCCCUGGAUGCUGCAUCGGAACAGCAUGACGCAGAGGUGGAGAGGUUCACCAUUGAAUUGGAGGCUUCCAUGCAGUCUUUCAUGCUCUCCGAGCUUCAGUCUGUUGCUACGGCCACGGCUCCGCCACAGUCCUCUGUGAACGAUGAGGAUUUGCAGCCUGGGAUCCCAGAUUCCUCGGCCAUUGUGGGCCAGGUGUUCCAGCUGAGGAUUCCGCUGGUGCCUGAGAACGCCAGCUGUAAUCUUCACCUAACUGAGAUGGGACAGACAGCAUUACCGCAAUGGCUCUAUUGGGACAAAGAGAGCUGCAUUCUGAGAGGCCUGGCCCUGGAGCAAGAUAAAGGUGUGUAUCAUAUCGCCGUGUCUGGACGAGACACAAGCGAGACGACCGGCAGCCGAGAUUUUCCCAGUACGGUCUUCUCGAUUGAAGUUCACCCCGAGGAACGAGCAGACACGGAACCGUCCCUGCUUGCGCUGCAGUCUGAUCCGAGUGGCCUGCAGCCCUUCACUUGUGGCCCCGAGGAGCCCGUCACGGUCCUCACUGUCAUACUCGACGCCGACUUGACAAAGAUGGUUGCCGAGCAGAGGGUCACUUUACUGUCUGUUAUGAGAAGAUUCUCGCAUGUUCCCGUUGAGCACAUGAGGGUCGUCCCUGUCGUCAACAACCGCUUAUUUGACAUGUCUGCUUUCGUGGCGGGACCAGGCAAUGCCAAGAAAGUGGUGGAGAACGGAGUUCUGCUGUCGUGGAAACUUGGAUGCGCCCUUGAGCAGGGCAAUAUCCCCGACAUCGGCCUUGUCCAGUCCUCCGCAAAGGAUGGAACCAUGUCAGCCAGGCUGGCGUACCCAGUGGUCGGUUGGCACAUUGCCAACAAGAAGCCUCAUGCGGUGAAACGUGUCAAGCGACAGUUGUACAACACCCCCACUCCGGUGCCCUCCCUUCUCCCUCCCACCACUUACCCAGAACCCCCUGUUCGUGUUGUUCCCAGCCCGACUUCCCCGUCAAUCGCCCCCGCAACAGACAACUCUGCACCACCUGUCCGCGGUCCCUUACCUCUUCCCGUCAAGCCCACCAUGAGGGUCCGAGAUCAGAUAGCCCACACGCCUGUUUUUGGUCCCUCUCAACCCACCAGGGCAGUGGGAUCGACCAGCACUUUGCCCAUCCAACCUACCAUGACCAGACCUACGUUUGUGGAAGCCACCGCGUUACCCACGCUACCGAGCACCACCAAAAAGCCAAAACCUUCGGGCACCAGGAAGCCCAAGAAACCCAAAACCUCAACCCCGGCUCCCAGGGAACCCAAAUCCACCACAACAAAACCACCGAAGCACACCACCACGCUUUCCUUGGCUCCGGACCUCAAUAGUAUGCCAGAAAUCCGCAACCCAAUCGACCAGGUCAACGCGUGGGUUGGCACGUACUUUGAGCUGAAGAUUCCUCCUGAUACAUUCUUCGACAAAGAAGAUGGCACCACCGACAAGCUGCGUUUGACUUUGAAGCAUCCCCCCAGGGAGCCAGUCAGUGAAACAUCCUGGAUUCAGUUCAACAGUACCAUCCAGCUUUUGUAUGGCCUUCCUGAGGAGCAGCACCAAGGCAAACACGAGUACUUCAUGUUGGCUACUGAUAAAGGUGGGCGGAGUGUCAUGGAUGCGUUUGAGGUUCAAGUCAACCGCUGGUCAAGCAACGACAAACCGUCAGUGGUAUUUGCUGCACGUUUCUACGGCGACCCUACAAGUGUGAGCAGUGACAUCCACAAAAAGAUUCUUCUGACAAAAAAGUUAGCUUAUGCUCUUGGCGAUCGCAAUAGCAGCACAGUGACCCUACAAAGCAUCACCAAGGGCUCCAUUGUGGUGGAAUGGACCAACAAUAGUCUGCCGCAGAGUUUCUGUCCGAAGGAGCAGAUCACAGCUCUCAGUAACAGGAUUGCCGAUCCGCAAGGCACACCUAAACCAGCCUUCGUUAAAGCUAUGGAGCCUGAAUUUAAACCGAUUAACGUCUCUAUUCGUGGCGCAAAUAAAUGUCAAAGCGUCACAUUCAUUCCACCGGGAGAGGUUGCGCCAGUUCCCGAUCUACCCACCGCCACACCGUCGCCUGGGACGGAUCGUAGAAGUAGCGACGACGUCUACCUGCACACGGUCAUCCCCGCGGUCGUGGUCGCCGCCCUCCUUUUAAUCGCUGGCAUCAUUGCCAUGGUGUGCUACCGCAAGAAGCGCAGAGGGAAGAUGACCAUGGAGGAACAGGCCACCUUCAUCAAAAAAGGAGUUCCCAUAAUAUUUGCCGAUGAGCUGGACGAUUCCAAGUCCCCGCCGUCCUCCAGCAUCCCCCUCAUCCUUCAGGAGGAAAAGCCGCCGCUUCCUCCCCCAGAGUACCCCAACAUGGCCGGUCCCCACAGCACCCUACUGAACCAGGAUUUGUUGGAAGAGUAUUCGGUGUAUCAGGAUGACGAUCCCAACGCGCCUCCUUACCAGCCCCCGCCACCUUUCACCGUCCCCAUCGAAGGCAAAGGCUCUCGCCCCAAGAACAUGACCUCCUACAGGUCGCCGCCCCCGUACGUGCCCCCCUAACGCUCACUGGAGCUCUCCAUUUGGAAUUCAGGUGCACUGUAGGGAUGCUCGUACAAAACUACCGCAGACGUAACUUGACACUUGGAUUUCAAUGAAAUGCAGGCAACCAUGCAUAAUAUUUUGACCACCAUGGAUUAGAUGAUUCAACGUUCUCCUACUGGGACCGGCAAAAAAAAAAAAAAAAAAAAAAAA